AUUUUCGUCAUCCACCAAAAACUACACUCAAAAGAAGAAUCAAUCCAUGGAGUCACGUAAAUUUUUCCCUCGUUCUAAGCCCCCAUGUCCUCUCUCAGAUCCAGCAAACCCUCACAAGCUUUGCCGCAGAUCUGAUCCUCCACUCUCCAUCUGCUUCACCUGCAAAGGCCCACAACACCUGGAGGAUAAAAGGUACUAUUACUACUGCUCUACUUGUGAUUUGGAGUUUCACAGAGGUUGUCACUUUCUUGCUCCCGAAAUUAAACACCCUUUUCACCUCAUCCACCCUCUCGCCCUCACUUCCUCAGACCCUGAUUUCGAUAUCGCUACUGGUCUCCAUGAUGAUUGGAAGCCACUUUCCUCCGAUUCAGAACACUAUGUCUCUGAUUCGCUUUGGUUCGGA